UAAAAUUACCCUUUUCUCGGAGAUGCUCUAAAAUAGAGCGGAUGCAGUGGGCAGAAAAACCGAAGCUUUGGAAAAGGGAAAUAAGAAAAUUGAAAUAAGGAUUAAUUUGUGAUUGAGAUGGCUGCACAGCUGGGGAAUGCGGCGGUGGGAGCGUCACUGUAUGUCAUCGGUUUCGACGCUAAUGUCACAGAGUCGCAACUGCACGGCCUGUUCAGCUCGAUUGGGGAAGUAGUUUCAGUUGAGGUUUGUCAGGAAUUGAGUUUUGGGCUACCUAUUCGAUAUGCCUACGUACACUACAAAAACCCUCAAUGUGCUCACAAAGCUUUGGAGGAGCUAAAGUCCACUUCUCUUAAUGGAAAACCUAUUAAAAUAAUGCUUUUUCAUCAAAAACCCGGUGCAAGUAGUAGUGCUGCUGGGAUGAUAUACACUAAGGAUUUGGCAAACGAAAUUGACCACAAAGCCAUGCCGGAGAAAUGUUUGUCCUUUGAGAACACAAAGUCAUGCAGUCAAGAUGCUUCUGGUCAGUUAAUGGGCUAUGGAUCUGAUGAGGAGUCUAUUCCGAAUGGGGUGAAGGAGAACCAUAGCAUGCCGCCGGAAGGAAAACAAGUUUCAAUGGUACCCUCUAUUAGUAAGAAAAAUAGAGAAUUGUUAGAAGACAAGGAAGAUUUUACUAAUGUGUUUGUAAAGAAUUUCUGUACAUCAACAACUGAGGAUGAUCUUAAGAAUAGAUUUGGUGAAUUUGGGUUAAUAAAAAGUGCAGUGGUGAUGAAAAACAAUGAUGGAAUCUCCAAAUGCUUUGGAUUUGUGAACUUUGAAAAUGCAGAGGAUGCUGCUAGGGCUGUUAAAUCUCUUAAUGGCCAGACAUUUGGUAAGAAGAAGUGGUACGUUGGGAGAUUCCAAAAUAAACAUGAGAGACAGCUAGAACUGAAACACCAUCUUGAGUUUGUAAAAAACGCAUUUGAUACUGGAUCUAAUCUAUAUGUCAAAAAUCUGGACUGCAGCAUUGAUGAGGAAAAGCUUAAGGAAUUGUUCUCUGAGUUUGGUUCAGUGAUGUCUUGCAAGGUACUGCAAGAUGAGAAAGGAAACAGCAGAAACAUAGGAUAUGUUGCAUUCUCAUCAGUCAAAGAAGCUUCUGAUGCUCUUUCUGGGAUGAAUGGUAAAGUUCUUGUUGACAAGCCUCUUCGCAUUGGAAUUGCUCAAAGGAAGGAAGAUAGAAGAGCUCCAUUACAGGAUUUGGGAAAGGAAAAUGGUCACAAGGCUCCGCCUGAGACCUUCUCAUCCGAAGGAGACUCUCACUCAUGCAUAGUAACAAAAGAUGCUUCUGCUCAUUCGAUGGACUAUGGCUCUGUGCAGUUAUCUGGUCAGGUAACUGGUCAGGAAGCUAUUGAGCAUGAUAGCAUUAUUGGAAAGCUCAGUAAUGUCAUCACGAAGCUUAAUGGCCUUGUUGAAGAGCUCAAUGGCAUAGUCAGGGAGCUUAAUGGCUUGUUAUUGAACGGAAAGCAAGUCCAUAUGGAAAACUCUCUUACUAAAAAGAUGGAGUUGUUAGUGGACAAGGCAAAUUCUACUAUUGUCUUCGUGAAGAACUUUGGUCAAUCAACUACUGAAGAAGAUCUUAAGAAAAUAUUUGGUGAACUUGGAUUAGUAACAGAUGCAGGGGUCAUGAGAAAUGAAGAUGAAGCCUCAAAAAGCUUUGGAUUUGUGAAAUUUAAGAAUGCGGAGGAUGCUGCUAGAGCAGUUCAAUCUCUUAAUGGCCAGAGAUUUGAUGAAAAGAAAUGGAACUCCGGGACAGCUCAAACUAGUGAUUCAGUUGAUAGACAGUAUAACCUAUAUGUCAAAAAUCUAAAUGACGGCAUUAGUGAUGAAAAACAGCUUAAAGAACUGUUCUCUUCUUUUGGUUUAGUGACAUCAUGCAAGGUUAAUAGAAAUAGGGAAGGAAUAAGUAAGGGAUCAGGCUUUGUUGCAUUCUCAUCUCCUGAAGAGGCUUUCAAAGCCCAAUGCAAAAUGAAUGGUAAAAUUAUUUUUGGCAAGCCUCUUAAAGUUGCACUUGCUCAAAGAAAGACAGAUAGAGCUGCCCAGUUACAGAAUUUAGACGAGGAAAUUAACCACAAAGCUCUACCCAAGACAUUUUUAUCUUCUGGUCGGUCGAUGGGUUUUGGAUCUGGGCACCCAGGUGAGGAGUCUCUCCAGGAAGGUACUGAAGAGCAUAAUGACAUGCUAUUGAAUGGAAAACAAGUUCAUAUGGGAUCCUCUCACGAUGGGAAAGAAAGGAGAUUGCCAAUGGAUAAGCCAUAUUUUACUAAUGUGAUUAUAAAGAACUUCUGCAAAUCAACAACUGAAGAUGAUCUUAAGAAAAUAUUUAGUGACUUUGGAGUAGUAACGAGAACAAUCAUCAUGAGAAAUGAAGACCAAACCUCAAAAUGCAUUGGGUAUGUGGACUUUGAAAAUGCAGAUGAUGCUGCUAGAGCUGUUGCAUCUCUCAGUGGCCAGAUAUUCAAUAAGAAGACAUGGUAUGUUGGGAUUGCACGAAAGAGAUUCCAGGGAAAGCUAAGACUGAAUCACCAGUUUGACUCUUGUGUGAAUGAAGAUUAUGAUAGAGGAUCUAAUCUAUGUGUUGAAAAUCUGGAUAAUAGCAUUGCUGAUGGAAAGCUUAGCGAAGUGUUCUCUCCAUUCAGAUCACUCAAGUCACGUGAGGUGAGGCAAGAUCAAAACAGAAUAAGCGAAGAAAGUGGCUCCUCUGCGUUUUCAACACCAGAACAGGCUUCUGAAUCCCUUUCUGAAAAGAACAGGAAACAAAUUUAUUCCAAGACUCUUCAUGUUGCAUGUGUUCAAAGGAGGGAAGAUAGGGGAGCAUGGUUACAGGGUCGGCCUGGUUUUAGUUGCAAAGAGCUACUUGUUCCUGGUGUGCUCCCAGCUAGACCUCUUAUGCACAGUAUGUCUAUUCCCCUAAUCCAAAACCACCCGAAAGAUUCGCAUCCUAGGAGCUGGCAUGCUCCAAUGCAAAAAGGUCCACUUCCAGCUGUAGCAAUGAAACAGCAGAUGCUUCGAAGAGGACAUAACCAUCAUUGUCAUCGUGAAAACAUGUUUUCCAUCUGGUAUGACAUGGGUCACUCACCGGUAUGUGAUACAGUGAUAUCCCAGUCAAAGCCCCUAGGAGCUUGGCCAUCUUCGAUUGCAAAUGUUGCAUCUCUGAAUAGACGACAAUUUUGUACACGCAUACUGAGAAGAUGCCAGCAGCUAAUGUGAUGAGCAAGAAGAAUGCUUGUCGAGAUUGGUGGUGUGGAUAUUCUGCUCUUGGAGGUGAGGGUGAAGGACUAUACGAGCUUAGCUGCAGUUGUCAUUGAGUGCAUGACCGUGUGGAAACAUAAAUGUGUUCUGAGGCGUUGUCAUAUCCUGGAGAAUAUAAUUAUCCAAGUACACGGAUAUGGGUUUUCCAUUACCAUUACAAUCGCAAGAGGUUCCCUCGAGGAUAUGAUCAAUUCAAUGUGUCCAGAUAAGGGCCUCCGAUGUGGGAGGUUUCUAAAACCCCGUAAACAUGGUGUUUUCACUACUUAAGCUGGAGUUUGAGUUUACUACAAAUGAUAGUAAGUAAAGUAAUUGUUCGAUUUGAUAUUCAAUGAAAAUGGAUUUGCACAAGAAAGAGAUGGAGAAGCGAGAGAAAGUGGAUCAAAUGUUUGUUCAAUUGUGUUUUCUACUA